CCUUUGGUUUUCUUCGUCAAGAAGGCGACGACCACACUUACUCUGUGUUGAUUUUUAGCGGCGGUUGGUCGUGUGUCGGAUAAAUCGGAGCGAAGACGAAGGCGAAGAGCAGACGAAGGCGUCAAGUCAAACAAAAGUAAAGUGCAGCAACUGGCAGCAGACAAGUCGAAAGGGCAGCCAAUUAAAUGUAAGAAGCGACGUCCGCUGUUUAACAACAAGUAUCGCUGAUUGUCCAGCCGAGUAACAGUAAUUUUCGCGAGGUGCGCAGAGCGAAAGGAAAAUCUAAUACACAAAAAGUGAAGAGCCAAAUUGUUGUUAACAGAGUGUGUGCGUGUGUGUGCUGAGUGCGGCAGUUGUUGUUUUGUUGGUGAGAGAGAAAAUCGGAAAAAGGGCGUCGCAGUUUGAAAAUUGAUGUGUGCAUAAAAAUCAAGCGCUGCAGCAGCCAAAAAGCGAGAAGAGAGAGCGAGGCAGAGAGCGUGUAAAGCGGACAGCGAGAGAGCGGGUGGCUGCACCUUCAUAACUGUUGUUGCAAAGUCAGCGAAAUCGUGGUCAUUGAAUGGCAGCCAGCAAUAAUGGACACAACGCCUAAUGCGGCCCCUAAUCCGAACCAGAAUCGGGACUUCCUAACGCUGAAGCCCCUGCGUCCAUCCCGCGGUUCCAGCUCGAAUCUGCGCGCCAGUCGCUCACCCUCUGCCAGCCGCAGCACCGAGCAAAUGUCCCGGGAGCGAGCCAGCGAGGCAGCGGCAGCCACUCAGACAGCAGCAGCCACAGCGGGAGGAGCAACUGCCCACUCCGCCGCAGGAACUGGUGGAGGAUCUGCAGCAGCGACGACUACGGCUGGAGGGGCCACGUCCGGAUCCGGAACAGCCUCGGCGAACACGAACAGCAAUUCCUCGGCCUCAUCCAGCACAGUGGCAGCUGCACAGGCGGCUGUCUACAGCGGCGGCAACACGGUGACCGGAAGUUUGGGCAGCGCCGGGGUGGUGGCUCGUGGCUUCCGCAGCCACAGUCCCACCCACCGGCGGAGGAGUCGCGAGCGCCAGCGACGCACGCAUGGCUCUGACCAGGGCGGUCUGCUGGCCUACAGCGGUCUCGUUGGCGUCAACGACAUGACGGAUUUCUUGGGUCCACAGCAGAGCGGAGGAGGCGGCGGCGGCGGUGGUGGAAGCGCCGGCACGGGCAGCGGUCUGGAGGAUUCCCGCCUCUCCGGCAACGAGGACUACUACUCGUCCUUCGUCUCUGACGAGUUCGACAGCAGCAAGAAGGUCCAUCGCCGCUGCCAUGAACGCAGCUCCAGCGUUCAGGCCAUCGACCGAUUAAACACGAAGAUCCAAUGCACCAAGGAGUCCAUCCGACAGGAGCAAACUGCCAGAGACGAUAAUGUCAACGAGUAUCUGAAGUUGGCAGCCAGUGCAGACAAGCAGCAGCUGCAGCGCAUCAAGGCUGUCUUUGAGAAAAAGAACCAGAAGAGCGCACACAAUAUCUCGCAGCUGCAGAAAAAGCUGGACAACUACACGAAGCGGGCCAAGGACUUGCAGAAUCACCAGUUCCAGACGAAGAGCCAGCACCGUCAGCCGCGCGAGGUGCUGCGGGAUGUCGGCCAGGGUCUCCGCAACGUGGGAGGCAACAUCCGCGAUGGCAUCACUGGCUUCUCCGGAUCGGUGAUGUCCAAGCCACGAGAGUUUGCGCACCUGAUCAAGAACAAGUUUGGCAGCGCCGACAACAUCAACCAGAUGAGCGAGGCCGAGCUACAGGGCAUGCAGUCUGCCAAUGCCGAUGUUUUGGGCAGCGAGCGCUUGCAGCAAGUGCCUGGAGCCGGAACCUCGACGGGCUCAGGCGGCGGCGGGCAGAACAACAACACCGGCGGAGCGGGAAGCGGCACGGGAAAGUUCAACAGUGACAAUGGCAGCGAAUGCAGCAGCGUAACGAGCGAAAGCAUACCGGGAGGGUCUGGUAAAAGCCAGUCGGGAGCCAGCCAAUACCACAUAGUGCUCAAGACAUUGCUAACAGAGCUGGCCGAGCGAAAGGCCGAGAACGAGAAGCUCAAGGAGCGCAUCGAACGACUCGAGACGGGCCAAAAGGAAUUCAACAAUCUGACCGCCACACUCGAAAGUGAACGCUAUCGUGCCGAGGGACUCGAGGAGCAAAUCAAUGACUUGACGGAAUUACAUCAGAAUGAAAUUGAGAAUCUGAAGCAAACGAUUGCCGACAUGGAGGAGAAAGUACAAUACCAAAGCGAUGAAAGACUACGUGACGUCAACGAAGUGCUCGAGAACUGUCAAACGAGGAUAUCAAAAAUGGAGCACAUGUCGCAGCAACAAUAUGUCACCGUCGAGGGCAUUGAUAAUUCGAAUGCGCGGGCCUUGGUUGUGAAACUCAUCAAUGUGGUAUUAACGAUACUGCAAGUGGUGCUCCUGCUUGUGGCCACCGCUGCAGGCAUCAUAAUGCCUUUUCUCAAAACGAGGGUUCGCGUUCUCACCACGUUUUUGUCUAUUUGUUUCGUCAUCUUUGUGAUACGACAGUGGCCGGAUGUCCAGGACAUUGGAUCCGGCCUGGUGCGGCAUCUCAAGCAAUCGCUGGUGGUGAAGUAAACUACGUGGGCUUGGUGGCCGCCGUCUCAUCUACCGGGUAGUUGACACGUUCUUUAGUUAUGUAUCCUAAGUUCUAAAGUGCAUAUGUUGUAUAUAGCUUAUCGAUAACGAUUAUAACAAUAAUUUUUAACUGAAAUUGUAUCAAUUAUCAACACGAACACACCCGAGAAACUGUACAAAACAUUCAUACCCUAUCACACACACACACCUAAUCAUCACACCACACUCUCGCAUCAAAUCUAGCAAAAUUGAUUUAAACUAUGUAAUAACUUGAAAAUGCUGACAUGUCUCCGUGCAUUACUCACUAUAUUUGAACAUACAUAAUUUAUGUAUUACCUAUAUAAAAUAUUUACAUUACUAUAAAAUAAUUGAAAAUAUAUUAAAAUGAAAGUUUGUAUAAAUCGGACAUUUAUUUAUUACGGGGAAGUCUGCCCCUAUGCAUUUAACAGUUGAGUAAAAUGAUUUACUUCUAUUUUCAAUCCAAUAACUAUUACUUUAGCCUAUAUGUGUGUACCAAUUCAUGGCUACUGGGCUAUAUUUAUUCGAACAGCUGCUUACGUUCCCAGUUGGUAUUAAAAAUAUAUUAUUUCUCGACUGUUAUCAAAGUUGAAAGAAAUAAUUAUUAUGCAUAUAUUUACUUAACUACAGAAAGAAAUAAAUAACACUGGUAAGUGGACAUCUCCAUUGAUUUGUUAGUCAGUCAAUGUUCCAAAUAUGUUUGCAGUUUCCAGUUGAUUUUACGAUUUUAACCUUUUACCAAGAAAUUAAAAAAUCUGUUUUUCUCCCAUUUUGUCGCAUAUCCGAAAAGUAUGCUUUAAAAGUGAUACCUUUUUAUACCAAAUACUAGUAGAGCAAUACGGUAUACUAAACUCGUAAAGGCUACAACUUCGAAGUCUUGAGAUUUUGUUGAUAUUAUUCCUAUCGAUAGCCACACACAUCCCAAUACUGUCACACCCUUUCGUUCUGUCUUUCAUUUUUCUAUAUUUUGAAUCUAUACUAUUUUAUGGGUAUGUCUUGGACAUUCCAAUUGGGAGACGAUCACCGUUUCGAAAAAGUAUUUUCGUAUCGAUUUAAAUAUGUUUUGCAAAUUUUCAGCGAUAUUCCAAAAGAAUUUUUAAUUGAUCCCUCGCACCCCCACUAGAAAAGUAGGAGGUAUCUGAUAGUCGAUGCUAACUUUCCUUGUUUUUCCUUUGCUUUAUUUCAUUUUGGUACUACGCGUGUCCUGGUGUUCCAGAGAAUGCUAGGAAAAAUUCGUAGUUUUGAAGCCUAUUUAGUUCCUAUUGACAGUAGACCCAAAAAUAAAAUAUACCACAGCUGAGAAUUUUAAAUUUAUGAAGAAUAAACGAUUGAUUAGUUUAUGUCCAUUACGUUUAUUUUGUUGAAUGUAAAUUAAAUUUAGGUUACACUGCCACAGCAUUUUUAAAUAUAUAUAUUUGCAUCUAUGCCCUAAUUGAUUUCGUUUUCAUGUGAACAGCAUUCUUUGUUGCAUAUUUAAUUAUUUUUGGGAAAAAAUAAUCACAAAAAAGCGCUUAGGUAUCCUACUUUUAGUGGAGUGUGGCAACGAUUUUGACUUGAAAUACAAUUUGAUCAUAUUUGAAAAGAAAACAUGGGUUGACAAUCUAUUGCAUCAUUGGAUUUCAGUUUCAUAUGCUACACAGUAAACUUAAAAUUAGUUAAAACGAGAAUAAUGUACAAUAUACAGGCCAGUGCCUCUCAAUCAUUUGAUUUAAUUAUUUCCAUUGUAAUGGUAUUGAAAAGCAGUUCUCAUAAACAUCGAAAUAAAAAGACCAUCUUAGCUAAAACGUAACUAUGUUCGUGAAUCAGUUUAAUAGGGGUGCUGAGUGUUGCUUGGAUAUUUUGGGUUUUUUUUUGUUGAACAACUGAAUCAAAGAUUAAUGCGAAUCAGGUAAACAAUUUAAUCUUAGAUGUUUAGAUGUGGUAACUUGGUAUUUUUUCUCUUCCGUCUAUCGUUUACAUUUUUGGUUGGGAGUUUGCAGGCGAGGCGGUAUUUCGUAUGCCAAUUGGGUUAAUUGUAAAAUGUAUAUAAAAUAAAUCACAAUUUGUAUACGCAUUUAAAUGACGCGUGUGUGUUUCGUGUCUGUGUGGGUUUUUGUGGGUGGGUGCCCUGGAAGUGGGACAGCGCACAGUCCAACACAAGGUUCGGCUACAUAUUUAUUAAUAUUAAUAAUAAACAUUUGUUAAUUGUUUAAAACAAAGAAGCUGGCAGCCACAGCGCUGAUCGCGAA